UUUCAUUUUAAAACCAUAAUAGUUACUAUUCAAGACAUUUGUUGUGUUUAGUGUUGCAUACGAACAACUAUGGACACUUAUUUUAAUUAGAAACGCAGACGAUUUGUGUAGUCUGUACUCACGCAAAGUAUAGCGUUAAGAUAAAAACCGUAUAACAUAAACUACCUUUUUUGUAUUUGCCGUUUAGAUUUUUCCAGUUAACAACUAAUAAAAGACACUGGGUUAAAAAUGGGUGAUAUAUAUGAUAUGUUUUUCAACAUGGACAGUGGUUAUCUUGAAGGAUUGGUUCGUGGAUUUAAAAAUGGGAUAUUGAAUAAAGAAGAUUACAGACACCUGACACAAUGUGACACACUUGAAGAUCUGAAACUUCAUCUUCAAGGUACGGGUUAUGGACAUUUUCUUGCAAACGAACCAUCGCCACUUACAGUGUCCGUGAUUGAUGAGAAAUUAAGGGAAAAACUUGUGGUUGAGUUUGAAUAUCUAAGGAACCAUGCAUACAAGGAUCUCGCUACAUUUCUUGACUUUAUUAAGUACAGCUACAUGAUCGACAACAUAAUUCUGUUGAUCACUGGCACCCUCCAUCAAAGACAACUUUCUGAGCUGCUUCCAAAAUGUCACCCACUUGGAAUAUUCGAUCAAAUGGAAACCGUGACCAUUGCCAAUACAACUGCCGACCUCUAUAAUGCAAUACUUGUUGAUUCACCUUUGGCACCAUUCUUCAAGGAAUGUAUUUCUGAGGAAGAUUUAAAUGAAAUGAACAUCGAAAUAAUCAGAAAUACUCUCUACAAAGCUUACCUUGAAGCAUUCUAUGAUUGGUGCCAAAGAACUGGUGGUCCAACUGCAGACGUCAUGUGCGAAAUAUUAGCGUUUGAAGCUGACAGAAGAUCUAUUAUAAUCACAAUCAACUCAUUUGGUACGGAGUUAUCUAAAGAGGACAGAGCAAAGUUAUAUCCUCGCAGAGGGAAACUUUUUCCUGAUGGUCUAAUUGAAUUAUCAAAGGCAGAUGAAUAUGAAUCUGUCAAAAGAGUCUCAGAACUUUAUGCUGAAUACAGGCCAUUGUUUGAUGGUACCGGUAACAACCCGGGAGACAAAACUCUGGAAGAUAAAUUUUUUGAGCAUGAGGUCACGCUCAAUGUGAACAGCUUCAUGCAGCAGUUUCAGUACGGUGUAUUUUAUUCUUAUGUCAAGCUAAAGGAGCAGGAAUGUAGGAAUAUUAUUUGGAUUGCUGAAUGCAUUGCCCAAAGACACCGCGCGAAGAUUGACAGCUACAUUCCUAUCAUGUGAUUCAGAAAACAAACUUUGGGCCGGAAUUAAUUUUUGACAUGCAUUUUUAAAACUAAAUAUUUAGAUGUGCCAUCUAAUCAACAGAAAAAUUUCAUCUUGAAAUUUAUCACAUACAAGUUAACUACGUAUAUAGAUCGUGUGAGAUGCUUUGGUGUUGUAUGUAGUUCCGUUGGGUAGAAUAUUUAUCGUUUCAAUUUUGAAUUAUUUAUUCGCAUUUGUUGUUGUUAUGUAUAAACAUGUACAAGCAAACUAUUAUUGUCACGUUAAGCUCUUUAUGCAAGGAGUGCAAUAUUGUUAAAUCUUGAACAUAAUAAUAAAUUUUGUGAAGAAA